UUUUUUAUAAUAUCUUUGUGUCUUCAGCUGCUGACUUAAACCUCUUCCCUUGUCAGGUUAUUUAGGCCAGGUUAGUACAGCACCUUGUAAACAAUUCACUUCAACCUAUGCCUAUUCUCUGAAGACCACUGGUUUACCAUAUAUGCUAACUGAGGUAAAACUACCAAUAAUCUUAGACAAAUAUAUGAUAUUCUCUUUUUUUUUUUCUUUCUCCUCUUUAGACCAAAGUUGUUCAGAGGAACAGACAAGAUGGAGCUGCUGAAGAAAAUGAAGAACCACAAAGGUCUUUAUUUGACCGGCUGGAGGAUUUCCGCAUUGAUCCCUCACAGCCUGAAGACAGUCAGGAUGUGGAGGAUCUCAUGGACUGGUGGAACACGGUUGAAUCCUGGGAGGAUACGCCUCAAGAUGAUGACAUGACUGAAAAGGAAGAGGCCAAGGCCUUUGCUGUAACUGCAGAAAAGGUCCAGAAGGGUAUCCGAGUCUUCAACAAGCUGUUCUCUGAGCGCGCAGAGACCCUCUGGCAGCACGUCAUCGACCUCAACGCCAUCGCCGACGGCUUGGACAAAUUCAACAAGAAGACAAAGAUCGCUCAGAUCACUGGCGGCUCCACCAGCGCCAUUGGAGGCGUCGCAACCAUCACUGGCCUGGCCUUGGCUCCGGUCACCAUGGGAACCUCCCUUAUCGUCACAGCUGUAGGUCUUGGCGUCGCUACGGCAGGUGGCUUAACCUCAGCUGGUGCCGGCAUCUCAAACCAGGUCAACAACUCUUUGGACCGCAAGAAGGUGGAGAAGAUCGUAGAGGACUACCAAGAGAAGAUCGCUGACCUUAAUAAGUGCCUGAAGUUUAUCAAGCAGGGAAUAGAGAACCUGCGCAGAUUCGACCUCCUCAAGAUGAAGAAGAACGCGUACAACCAGGACUUUCCCGCACUCACCAGUCAGUUUUACGAAGAUGGAGCCAUGGCAGGGAAGGCAAUCCUCAUCAAUGCCAACGAGAUCAUGCGCGUGGUGCAGAUCGCCAACGUAGCGGGCAGCACCGCAGCCAGAGCGGUCCAGAUCGCCAGUAUGGCCACUGGCGUGCUCACGGGGCUCUUUGUCGGCAUGGACAUCUACUUUGUGGCUAAAGACUCUAAAGAGCUAAAGAAAGGGGCGAAAUCAGAGUUCGCUGCCAAAAUCAGAGAGGUGGCCACGCAGCUGCACGACGGCCUGGUGGAGCUCAACACCAUACGAGAAGAGCUGCAGACCACCACGCCAGAAAAUGACAAAAAUGGCGAAAUGACCAAGAUGGAAAGUGAAAAGAAAGAGAAAAGUGAGAAAAAUGAUGAAAGCUCAGAUGAAGAUGAGAUCGACCGCAUUAAAAAAGCGAUAAAAAAGGACAUUGAGAGCAGAGAAUAUGUUUGACCUCAGCAGACUGCCUUCAACUUUGCUCUGCAGCCAAAGUUUAAACUGGAUCCUCAAACUUUAUAGAUUUUGAACAAGCUGAACUGCCGUUUGAGACUUUUAAACUAAAACUGACUCAUUUUAAUCUCAUCCUGUACACUACAUCCGAAGGAGGUAGUCGUUUAUCGGUUUUAUCUGGAAGCUGUGCCAUUACAUACUGUAAAGCUGAAGUAAGUUUUGGAAGAUGGAUCUGAAAGUUAAAUGGAAUAUUGACAUUCUAUAGAUUGAUUUGGAAAAAGGUGCGGCAAAUAUUUUCAGACAU